UCACGACGCAGGGCGGCCCAGAGCAGCCUGGGAGAUGUAGUCCUCGGAUCAUCCCCGUUAGAGGCUGCACAGCCCGCCCCGACCACCGCCGCGCCCGCCGCCGCCCGGCCGGCGCCCUCCCGUUUCCUUCCUCCAGGGGGAAAAAAUGUCCUUCGGGUCGCUUUCCAGGAAGCAGCAGGAUGUGCCGCUCCACUGUCAGUAGCAACAAGCUGCGCAAACCAUGCAGGAUGAUUUACUGAUGGACAAAAGCAAAACCCAGCCCCAGCCCCAGCAGCAGCGGCAGCAGCAGCAGCCCCAGCCCGAGCCCAGCGCAGCCGAAGCCGCGUCCACGCCCCUCUCCUCAGAGACCCCCAAGCCGGAGGACAGCAGCGCAGUGCCGGCCCUGAGUCCUGCCGCGGCCCCGCAGGCCCCGAACGGCCCGGACAAGAUGCAGAUGGAAUCGCCGCUCCUGCCGGGCUUGAGUUUCCAUCAGCCGCCUCAGCAGCCGCCGCCGCCGCCUCAGGAGCCCACGGCGCCGGGCGCGUCGCUGUCGCCGUCCUUCGGCAGUACUUGGUCCACGGGCACCACGAACGCGGUGGAGGACAGCUUCUUCCAGGGGAUCACCCCAGUCAACGGGACCAUGCUCUUCCAGAACUUCCCGCACCAUGUCAACCCAGUCUUCGGAGGCACCUUCUCCCAGCAGAUCGGCCUGGCGCAGACCCAGCACCACCAGCAGCCGCCACCGCCUGCACCGCAGCCCACGCAGGCGGCGCAACCCCCGCAGGCGCAGCCCCCACAGCAGCGCCGGUCGCCGGCCAGCCCCAGCCAGGCGCCCUAUGCGCAGAGGAGCGCCGCCGCGGCGUAUGGCCACCAGCCCAUCAUGACCAGCAAGCCGUCCUCGUCCUCGGCCGCCGCUGCCGCCGCCGCUGCCGCCGCCGCCUCGUCGGCCUCGUCCAGCUGGAACACGCACCAAAGCGUGAACGCCGCCUGGAGUGCACCGUCCAACCCGUGGGGCGGCCUGCAGGCCGGCCGGGACCCUCGCCGGGCGGUUGGCGUGGGCGUGGGCGUGGGCGUCGGGGUGCCUUCCCCGCUCAACCCCAUAUCACCGCUCAAAAAGCCCUUCUCCAGCAAUGUGAUCGCACCGCCCAAGUUCCCUCGCGCGGCCCCACUCACCUCCAAGUCCUGGAUGGAGGAUAACGCUUUCCGGACCGAUAAUGGUAACAAUCUGUUGCCAUUUCAGGACCGGAGUAGGCCCUAUGACACUUUUAACUUGCACUCGUUGGAGAACUCCUUAAUGGAUAUGAUAAGGACUGAUCAUGAGCCUCUGAAAGGUAAACACUACCCUCCCAGUGGCCCACCAAUGAGUUUCGCUGAUAUAAUGUGGAGGAAUCAUUUUGCAGGACGUAUGGGAAUAAAUUUCCAUCAUCCAGGAACAGAUAAUAUUAUGGCACUUAACACCAGGAGCUAUGGGCGAAGACGAGGUCGGUCUUCUCUCUUUCCCUUUGAAGAUGCCUUCCUGGAUGACAGCCAUGGGGAUCAGGCCUUGUCAUCUGGCUUAAGUUCUCCCACUCGCUGUCAAAAUGGAGAACGAGUGGAACGCUACUCUAGAAAAGUGUUUGUUGGAGGCCUUCCUCCUGAUAUCGAUGAAGAUGAGAUCACUGCCAGCUUUCGCAGGUUUGGACCUCUCGUGGUGGACUGGCCUCACAAAGCUGAAAGCAAAUCGUAUUUUCCUCCUAAAGGCUAUGCCUUUCUGCUAUUCCAGGAGGAGAGUUCAGUACAAGCUUUGAUAGACGCCUGCCUAGAAGAAGACGGGAAACUGUACCUGUGUGUGUCAAGCCCCACCAUCAAGGAUAAGCCAGUGCAAAUUCGACCAUGGAACCUAAGUGACAGUGACUUUGUAAUGGAUGGUUCUCAGCCUUUGGACCCCAGAAAAACUAUCUUUGUUGGGGGAGUUCCACGACCCCUUCGAGCUGUUGAGCUGGCGAUGAUCAUGGACCGUUUGUAUGGUGGUGUCUGCUAUGCUGGUAUUGAUACAGACCCAGAGCUGAAGUACCCCAAGGGUGCUGGCCGUGUGGCGUUCUCCAAUCAGCAGAGCUACAUUGCAGCCAUCAGCGCUCGCUUUGUGCAGCUCCAACACAAUGACAUUGACAAACGGGCGUUACAGAGAGAGAGAUCUUUCAUCCACUGGUUACUCCCCAGAUGACCUCAACAGCCGGGGGUGGGCCAGGCCAAAGCCCGGAGCUUCUUCCAGGUCUCCCACGUGAGUGCAAAGGCUCACUCACUUGGGCCAUCUUCUACUGCUUUCCCAGGCGUGGCAGAGAGCUGGAUCAGAAGUGGAGCAGCCAGGAUUCAAACCGGCGCCCAGACGCUGGCAUCACAGGUGGCAGCUUAACGUGCUACACCACAUGCUGGCCCCAUGUUUCUUUAUUUUUUAAUUAAAAUGAAUAAAACAAUUUAUUCAGAUUUUUAAAAUAUCCUUGGAAUUAAUGGUGAUUCAGAGAGAUAAUAAGUAUUCAACUGUGUUCCUGAUUUUCAAGUACACAUAGCAUCCUUUUUUAUAGCAGUAAUCCUCAACAAAGACAGGCAUGGUGUCGAUCUCCUUCUCUGCCUGAUCCUGAGAACUUAUCCAUUGCUUGAUUUAGCUUCAGAGAUCCAAAAACGUUUGUUAAAUUAGCACAUGAUGUCCCUUGGAGAUUCUCUUAACUAUUGAUGCAGUUGACAGUACAUUUGGGUUUCUUAUAUGCCAGAUUCCAUUACAUUGAGACUGCUCUGGCUCUCUCACUGGUAAACCCAGGCAAUAAACUUAAACUUGAAGAGUUUUGGAUUUUCAUCUGUGUGGAAGUAGGCUUCUUUGUUUUUGUCUGAAGCCAGAACUAGUAACCAGACAGAAGGCACGCAGAUCCUGGAGAUAACCAAAGGGAUUCUAGGAGAGGACUCCAUGUCCAUGAGAGUCAUGGGAGUGGGAGCACUGGGAUCACUGAAAGUGGUGAAGUCCCUGCCUCCCCCUGCUGUCCCCAGGGCCCAAUCCAUCUUCAUGUACCAGGUGGAAGCUGGCUUCUUUGUCACGGUUCACUUGUGAGCAUCACUCUCCUUUCUCCCUGUUUUCUGUCCCCUUCUUACAGCCUUCUUGCUUUGAACAUAGUCAACAACACCUGAUUUUGUUGUCUCUGGAAUUUUGAACCUCUGUUAACUGAAGCCUUCCUAGAUGCCUUUUUAUGUUCACUCAUAGUUUUUUUUUUUUAAUUCUUCUUUCUCUCAAAGAUUAAAUUUGAGCUUCCUAGCGAGCUCCCAUCAUAUAUGAGCACAUCGGUAUUUCCAUAGGUGGUAUCCUUUUCCUUUCUCAGAAAACAAAAUGAUUGUUGAUGAUGAUUUACAGAGAUUUUCUAUCCUUAGACACAUCUUUUUUUCUGAAUCACCCCUCAGGUUUCUAGGAACAGUCUUAUGGCAAAGGUUCUGAAACUGGCAUGCUAAAAGUGAGGAGCUCAGGUCCACCUGUGCUCAUGAUCUUUUUAUUGCAAAUUCUAAGCUGCUACAUCGAUUCUUUCCUUCCUUCUGAUAAGAGCCUACAGUUGCUCUUAAGCUGAGAUCUUGACCAGUCUAAAUAGCAUCAAUCUUUAUUAUCUUUCUAUGCAGAAAGGAGCCUCCUUUACCGUCUGUAUCUUUAUAAAUAUUGGUUCAGUGGAAUCACUUGUUUUUUUUUUUUUUUUUAAGCAUUUCUGUAGGUGCCAUUUUAAGGAACACUCGAUUCCUGUUUCCAACACAACGCUUUCACUGUAUAUGUUGUGGGAGUGGGAGGGGACCACCUGCAGCACAGCAGUGCUUGGCCAUGAGGUCAGACAAUCCGUGAAGUGUCUGGAACUACCAUAUUCCAGUGUGUUCUCUCUGGUUGCACUCCUGUGUAAACUGUGGGAGGUACAUAAAAAAGAAAUUGACUCAUGCAUUUUCUUUGCCUCUUUUAUGUACAACUAGUUUUGUUCAAAAAGGACAACUCUUUGGAGAGUGCAUAUUUAUUACUGUUACUGCUGCUCUUUGGCUAAGCUUUUAGAUGGAGAGGUUUAUGAGGGAAAUCCAACUUUAUAGACUUGUUCUCACCAUCUUAGCUUCUUUUUAGCUUACCUAUGGAAUAUAAAAUAAUACAUGUCAGCAUGCACCAUUGACAGGAACAGGGGAUCCCGCAGCUUUGGCACUUGCGUUUUUGCUGUCAUUUCCAGGAUAUCAUGAUCUUCUAUGAGGAUGUGUUUUGUUUGUAACAGUUUUAUUGAGCUAUUCUGUGGAUUCACACACUGUACAAUUCACUUAUUUAAAAUGUACAAUAAAAUAUUUUAGUACAUUUACAUCAUUGUGCAGCCAUCACUAUGGUCAGUUUUAAAAUCAGAAAGAAGUAUUUUAAUGCACAGCCUUUAAGUCUGCAGUUAAAGAAUCAAUUGCACAGAAGUGACAAUGGGGAGGUAUGCUGCGUUUAUCUUUUGUAAUCCCUUAGCUCAUUGAAAUGACAGAAUCGUACUUAUUUAACCUGUGUUCUUCAAAGUCACAAAAACAAAGUACCCCGGGCAAUUGAGGCAAACUUCUGAACCUCAUGAUAUCUAUGAUUAGAGUCCUCUUUGUUGGACUGAGUUGAUACAUUUGUACAUUAGGGGUAGUGUUUGGCCUACUAGUUAAGCUACCAGUUGGGACACCCAUGUCCCAUAGUGAGUGCCUGGGUUCAAGUCCCAGCUUCACUUCCAGUUCCCACUAACUACUAAUAUACAUUUAGAGGUAGCAGUGAUAGUUCAAGGGGUUGGAUCCCUGCACCUACAUGAGAGACCUGGAUUAAGUUUCCAGUUCCUAAUUUGGCCUGGCCUACCCUUGGCAGUUGUGGGCAUCUGUUGAGUGAACCAGUAGGUAGGAUCUCUCUCUGCUUCUGCCUCUCAAGUAAGUUAAAUAAAUUAAUGUUAAUUUGGAAGGAUUGAUAAGGUGGAAGGGACUUCUGUUGUAGGUCCUUACAGAGUUACCCUAUCUUGACCCUGCCACCUGUGCCCAAGUGCCUGAAUGGGAAAGCUUGGCACACAUCAGGUACUCAGUACUAUGUGCAGUAAAUUUAUGAUGAUAUUUGGGAGGGCGGGCUAGUAGCACCAUGGAAGGCUGUUGGGAUAUUGGAUAUCUCAAGUUGAUGCUCAUCUCAAGUUACUUCCUGUUGGUCUGACCAGUUCAACUUUAUUCUGUGUCCAGUUCUUUACUUAUUUACAUAGCAACCAGAGUGAUGUUUCAAAAUCAUAAUUUAAGUCUUUCCUUGCCUUUAAACCUUUUGAUUAUGUUUACUGUCCUAAGGAUAAAUAUCAAAAUCUUUGAAAUUGCCUAAAUGACCUUUCAGGUACUGUAUAUUUCUGCCUUAGCUCUCCAUUUUCUCCCCCUUUAUCAGCCAAAAUUGGUUUUCUUCUCUGUUUCUCAGGGUCAUUGUAUGUACUCUUACCUGACUAAUCCUUUUCCUUCAGGUGUCAGCCUAAUUGUGAUUUUCUUUUUCUUUUUCUUUUUCUUUUGACAGGCAGAGUUAGACAGUAAGAGAGAGAGACAGAGAGAAAGGUCUUCCUUCCUUUGGUUCACCCCACAAACGGCCACUACAGCCUGCACACUGCACCAAUCCGAAGCCAGGAGCCAGGUGCUUCCUCCUGGUCUCCCAUGCAGGUGCAGGGCCCAAGCACUUGGGCCAUCCUCAACUGCCUUCCUGGGCCACAGCAGAGAGCUGGACUGGAAGCGGAGCAACCAGGACAGAAUCCGGCGCCCUGACCGGGACUAGAACCGGGGUGCUGGCGCCACAGGUGGAAGAUUAGCCAAGUGAGCCACGGCACCAGCCAGUGAUUUUCUUUUUAGGAUUUACUUAUUCACUUGAAGGAGAGAGAUAGAGAUAGAGAUAGAGAGCGAGAGUGAGAGAGAGAGAAAGGAGAUAUCUUCCAUCUGCUGGUUUAUUCCCCAAAUGGCUGAAAUAGUCGGGGAUGGGCUUGGUCAAAGCCAGUAGCCUGGAGCCCCAUCAGGUUUCCCAUGUGAUGGCAGAGGCCCAGAUGCCUGGGCCAUCCUUCUCUGCCUGCACAGGCACAUUAGCGGGAAGGUGGAUGGGAAGCAGAGCAACCUCGACUCCAGCCGGCACUCUGAUAGGGGAUUCCGGCUUUGCAGGAAGCAGCUUAGCUCACUACGCCAAUUGUGAUGUGUUUUGGAACCCUUUCUUCAUUGUCAUAAUUCCCAGCCUUUGUAGAAUUAAACACCACUGUAUUGAAAUAAUGCCGUGUUUAAUAUACAUCUACUCUGUCAAACAGGACAAUCCAUGAGGGUAAUAACUGCAUUCUGUUAAGCUAACUACUGUUUACUCAAUCCCUGACACACAGUGGAUAUACAUUAAUUAUUUACUUUGAAUGAAUGCUGGCUGUUUUAGAGGUGAUCCCAGGUGGAGGCCCUUGGAUCCCAGCCUUUGGCUUAUCCAUUUAUCAGAGAGCACUCUGCUCAGCUUUCCUUUACUUAGUGAAGAACACACGAGUGAUAAAGAAAUUUAGGUUUGCCAUUUAGGUGGUCUUUGAUAUUUAGACCAUGAGUUUGUCCAACCCCUCUUAUUUUGCACCAGCAGAGAAUCUGGGUGAGGUUUGCCGACCCUCCCAAGACCCCUGCCAAUUGAGCCGAGCAACUUCUGCUCGUGGGACUUACUUCCCAAGCCUUGCUGCUCAUCCAGGGCCCAAUUUUUCUUCAGACCCAUUUUUUCUAUGAAGUCCUUUUUUCCAUCGACCCAGGUUAGGAACCCCUGAUAUUGUAGAUCCCUUAUUGAAUUUUAUAUUAUAUUAUAUAUAUUGUUUGAAAUAACUUUUCAGGAAUUUGAAUUGCAUGAAUCAGGGCACGUCUGGAAUGUUUCAGGAGUUUCUAGUGUGUUUAAAUCAUUUUGAACAUUAUUAUAAGUUUGAAAGUUUUCUGUGCUUUUUGCUGUUUUUUUUUUUAAAGAUUAUAUUUGUUUAUUUAUUAGAGAGUUAUGGGGGCCAGCGCUAUGGCGCAGUGGGUUAACGCCCUGGCCUGAAGCGCCGGCAUCCCAUAUGGGCGCUGGUUCUAAUCCUGGCUGCUCCACUUCCGAUCCAGCUCUCUGCUAUGGCCUGGGAAAGCAGUAGAAGAUGGCCCAAGUCCUUGGGCCCCUGCACCCACGUGGGAGACCCGGAGAAAGCUCCUGGCUCCUGGCUUCAGAUCAGCACAGUUCCGGCCGUUGUGGCCAGUUGGGGAGUGAACCAGUGGAUGGAAGACCUCUCUCCCUCUCUCUCUCUGCCUCUCCUCUCUCUGUGUAACUCUGACUUUCAAGUAAAUAAAUAAAUAUUUUUAAAAAAAAGACAGUUAUGGAACACACACACACACACCCAAAGAGAAAGAGAGAGAAAGAGAGAUCGAUCUUCCAUUCACUGUUUUACUCCCCAAGUAACUACAACAGCCUGACCCAGCCCAGGCCAAAGACAGGAACCUGGAACUCCACUCAGGUCUCCCACAGGAAUGGCAGAGGCCCCAGCACUUGAAUCAGCCUCUGCUCUCUUCCCAGGCACAUUAUCAGGGUGCUGGAACAGAAGCAGAGCAGCCAUGACUCAAACUGGUCCUUUAAUAUGGGAUGCUGCUGUUACAGGCAGCUGUGCCACAGUGUUGGUCCCCUUUUGCAGUUGUGUUGCUUUUGGUUUUCAUUUAAAAAAAAAAAAGAUUUAUUUAUUUAUUUGAAAGGCAAAGUUACAGAAAGAGGUAGAUCUUUCAUCCUCAGGUUCACUCCCCAAAUGACUGCAGUGGCCAGAACUGGGCCAGGUCAAAACCAAGUCUCCCACAAAGGUAGCAGGGGCCCAAGUACUGCUUUCCCAGCAACAUUGGCAGGGAGAUGGAUCGCAAGUGGAGCGUCUGGGACUUGAACCUGUGUCUCAUAUUGGAUGCUGUCAGUGUGGCCCCUUUGCUUUUCAUUUAUGUUAAAUCUUCAUAUAAAACCUUUUUCAGAUCAUUGUUAACCAAUACAACUCUACUGGAUCAUAACAUUUAAUGAAAAUAUUUGGUAUUUUUAGUAUCACAAUGACCCUCAUUAUGAAACAUUAUUAUUAAAUGACACAGAUGUAAUGUAUGCCUUAGUUUUUACUCCCAAGGAAAAAUCAUUAACAUCUUGAAAUCAGUUAAGAUUUACAUUAUGCAUAUUUUGUGGCUCAUGUUCACCAGUUAUUAGUCAAGUAGUAAUUUGUUCCUGUGUUACCAGUAUCAAGGUUUUGUAAUACUCAGCACAACUGUUCUUAGCCAUGUUUCUUCUACCUCAGAGUAUGUGAGUCCUGUGAUAAUCUCUUACUGGUGACUGAGGCAUUCUAGAACACUAAUAGGGUACUGGGGGGAGGGGAGCUACACUGCAGCCCCAUCCUUUACCCCACCUCCCAGAGAAGAGUUGCAGUAGAACAAAGCAGCGCUGGCUUGGGAAUUGGGUGAUUCUGUCUGCUCCUAGCUUUUCUCACGGUCCUGGUAGGACCUUAGGCAAGUUACUUAGCCUUUUAGUCUUGCCCGCGUUGUCCUUGGUCGUUAAGACCACCAGGGCUAGCCUUGUAGUUUAUUGCACAGAUGCACAAUGGCAGAUGAAGAAGUGGUCUGUGAAGUUGUUACGCUGUUCAGAUGUUGAUCUGACGCUGACCCUGGCUUGUUUGAUUUUUGCUUUUACUCUACCAUGUCCAGGUGUUUGCUCUUUUUUUUUUUCUUUUAAAGUAUCUACUCAGUUCCAUUAAAAGUCCUUACUGUAAGGAUAGUAACUGAAGUUGGGGAAGACGUUGUGGCACAGCAGGUUAAGCUACCUCUGCGUUGCCCACAUUCCAUAUCCUUGUGCUGGUUUGAGUUCUGGCUGCUCUGCUUCAAAUCCAGCUCCCUCCUGAUGCUCCUGGGAAGCAGCAGAUGAUGCCGCUGGUACUUGAGCCCCUGCCAGCUGUGUUGGAGACCCUGAUGGAGUUCCUGGUACCUGCCUCAGCCUGGCGCAGCCCUGGUUCUUGUGACCAUCUGGGGAGUGAACCAACAGAUAGGAGAUUUCUGUCUCUCCCUCUCUCUCUGUUACAUUACUUUUUAAAAAAGAUUUAUUUUGCUUAUUUGAAAGGCAGAGUUACAGAGAGAGGGAAACACAGAGAGAUCUUCCAUCCAUUGGCUCACUUCCCAAAUGGCCUCAAUGGCGAGGGCUGGGCCAGGCUGAAACCAGAAGCCAGGAGCCUCCUCCAUGUCUUCCACAUGGGUGCAGGGGACCAAGCACUUGGGCCAUCCUCAGCUUCUUUCCCAGGAGCAUUAGGAGGAGCUAGAUAGGAAGUAGAGCAGCUGGGACCCAAACUGGUGCCCACAUGGGAUGCCGUCGCUGAAGGCAGCAGCUUAACCAGCUUCGCCACAAAGCAGGCCCCAACAGUACUUUUAAAAUAAAUAAAUAAGCAAGCAAAUAAAUAAAGGAAUAUUUUUGAAAAAUGAAAUAGUUGAAGUUGACACUAAAAAGAAAAAUUAGCAUGCUUGCUUUGGCAGCACUUACACUAAAAGAAAAAUUAGCAUGGCUGCCAAUCCACCAGUGUACCAGUUUGAUGUGAGUCAGGACACAUAUGUAGAGACUUUUAAGUUCUUUUUAUAGAUGUAAACACCUGGAUACAUUUUCUGUUUAAAAGAUUAAAGAGUUUUUCCUCUUUCAUCUAGAAAAAGAUGUUUUUACCAGAAUCUUUUCUCUGAUAAUGGAGAGAUUUUGAAAUAGAGUUUAGGAUUAAAAUUUACUUGUAUUCCUUUGAACAGUGUUUCUGUGAAAAACUGGAACAGUUUAAAAUAUUUAAAUACAACAAGGGCAAAAGGUGAUGCCUGAACUCAUUCUGUCAGUUUUAAUGGUAUUUUUAGAAGUGAUGCCAAAUGAACACUUAAGUUGUGAAAGUUCUCCUAAAUCCAGUUUUCCUUAUAACGCAGGUCUAGCUCACUUAUGUAUAGAAAAUUUUUAUAGUGUGAAAAAUGAGAUCAUUGAAAAUGCAUAAUCUUGUUACAGGGUUAUUUUUCUACCUCUUUGCUCUCUGUGGUCUUGGGAAAAUUUGUAAAAGGUAGAAUCAGUUAAAUUGCCCUUAGUCUAGCAAAAGCAUAUUAUUUAUUGAUGUUAAUAAUUAGUUUGUAAACAUCAUAGCCUCCCUCUGACCAGUAUGAUUAGCACAACUUAAUCAUGUUGUCACCAAGAAAUUUGUAAAUCAAAUAUUUAUAACUUUAACUGCAUCAUUCAGUAAACAUAAGUUGUAGGGACCUUUUUACUAGGAGAAAAAGGAUACUAGACUAGAAUGAGCCAAUCUAGGGGUUUAGUCUUAACUGUACCUUUUAUCAUAUUACUCGAAGGAGGAGUCUAUAUGUGUGUGUGUGUGUUUGUGUGUGUGUGUGUGGCAUGUGAAUUAAAAUGCUUUUCCCUGGGAGGUAGAAGGUAGUAGCCCAAUUACCUGGGCCCCUGCCACCCACCUGGGAGACCCGGGUAGAGUUCCUGCUUCUGGCUUAAGACUGGCCCAGGCCAUUUGAGGAUGUAUACUCCGUAAGACAUGAGUCUGUUGGGAUUCUAGUAUCUAUUUAUUUAAAAUUUUUUUUCAAAUAAAGUGAGUUUGGAAAUGAUUACUUAAAGAAAGACAGGCUGGUUUAUCCUAGAACAUAUUAGAAUAUUUAUGUAAUAGUAUUUCUAUACUAAUAUGCUAAGCUUAAUUGUGAAGAUCCAAGGAUACAAUAUACAAUUUUUUAAAAAAUUUUCUUUCAUAGUGUGCUCUAUCUUGGGAAAAAUAUGCUAUGUAACCCAGUGAGGAAAGUACUAUUUUCAGUUUCUUUCCUUUUUUCAUGCUCAAAUUCAGAAUCUUAAUGAGCAGUUGAUUAUUUUUCCCUCUCUCAGUUCCUUUUUUCCAAGUAUGUUCCACUUACUAUAUCUUUUCUACCCAGGAAGGGUUUUGACUAAGGACAUUGAAGGUGUGAUUGAUAGUCUCUUUAGUAUUUGUAGUUCUUUAUCUUUUCUGGAGAUUAUCUGUUGCAUCUUUCUAAAAUGACAUCAAAAUGUUUCUAGGGGCCGUUGUUGUGGCACAGUAUCCCAAGUGAGUGCCAGUUUGAGUCUUGGCUACUUCAUUUCUGAUCCAUCUCUCCCUGCUAACAUGCCUGAGAAAGCAACGGAAGAUGGCCCAAGUGCUUGGACACUUGCUACCCACAUGGGAGGCCAUGAUGGUGUUCCUAGCUCCUGCUUUCUGGCUUCAGCCUGGCCUUGCCCAGGUAAUUGUGGCCAUUUGGGUAGUAAACAAGCAGAUGGAAGAUCUAUUUCUCUCUCGAUCUCUGCCUCUCUUUCUAUAACUUUGCCUUUCAAAUAAAUAAAUCAUUAAAAAAAAAAAACUUUCUAUAUAAGAAGGACAUUUUUUGUUUUGUUUUCUGAGAGGCAGACUGAGGCAGAGAUAAAGGGCUCUCAUCUGCUGAUUCACUCACCAAAUGCCUGCAGUGACCAGAGGGCCAAAGCCCAGUACCAGGGACUCAACCCUAGUCUUCCACAUGGGUGUCAGGAAGUCAACCACUUGAGCCAUCACCUGCUGCCUCCCAGGGUCCACUUAGGAAACUGCAGUCAGGGACCAGAGCCGGGCAUCAAACCUAAGCUCUUGGAUGUAGAACACAGGCAUUCCAACCCAGAGGUUUAACUGGUUAGCUAAACAACCACCCUAAGAAAAAUAGUUUGAAAUCAGUAUAUCAUAGGCAAAUAAUACCCCCUUGACUGUAUUUUAGGUUACUGUUGAAGACUAAGGAGACUGACUUUUAGUUAGCCGAUUUGGGACUUUGAAAUAAUUUUUGUUAUUUAAAGAAUGUUGUGAUACCCAAGUCAUGGCACAUUAUUUGCUUCCAGUAGCAUGCUCUUUAGAAUAACUCAUUUUUUCUCUAAUGAAAUGUUAUCCAUUACACUUAAAGUGCUUUUGGUAGCACUUUAAAGUACUUCACAAAUUUGAUCUUUUUUCACUGUCUUUCUCUCUUUAAUGAAAACAUAUUGAGCCUGAAUUUGCUGAAGACUACCAGAGUUUUUAUCUUUUUAGCCUGCAUGAAGAUUAUUAUGACCGAAUAACCAUAUUAACAAAAGUGCUGAUAACACUAUGCUUUGUCCCUGGCCACAUAUAUAAAAGGACUCAGUAGCAAAAGAAGUGAGGGCUCUGAUGAGCUGUUCUGAGCCUAUUUCUGCCCAUAGCCUUAGCCUGGGACUCCUACAACCCAUCUGUUAUCUCGCUGCUGUUACAGGCUCCUGCCUGAUCUGGCUUCAAAGCUUCCAACUGUAGCUAUAGCUGUGUUUGACUUGACCUUUUGAAAAGAAUUUACACCCAGCAUUGGAUUCAAAUGUCAUCUGAACUAAUCCUACCUGGACUUAUUUUGAAGCACUGAGAAUCCAGAGCCUUUGACUGGAAAUAGUUUUUUAAAGGGAGUUUGGGUCCUGGUCAUCUAAAGAAGAAAGUCCUCUUUGAAUGGACUGGAACCUUUAGUCCAUGCUUCCUUUCCUGUCCUUGACUCCUGAGCUCUCCUGUGCUGUUCUGUCUUUUCAUGUCUCCUUCCCUGGAACUGUGAUUAUUUUUGACAUGAAAACUCUUUAGAGGAAUUAAAAUGUUCUUCUUCCCUGUUCAUAUUUGAGUGUAGAGGUUGUUUAAGUAGAUAAUAUCUCCUUGUCACCAAUUUGCUAAUUAGUUAUCUCAGUAGAACAUUCAGGUUCUGUAACCCAGGAGGGUAGGUGGAAUCAUCUGGUUAGUAUCUCUUGGGGAGUGUUUAUUCUUAACAUGGAAAAAAUUAAUCCAAUCCCUCAGAGUAAGAGAAGCUGAGGCCACUGAGGUUGUCACAUAGCCAGUGUGCUGUGUGUCUGUAUACCUGAGGCUGUGAUGCAAUGUCAGUUAUAUAUUUUGCAGAUUUUUUAAAAAGGUUUGAUUGAUUGAUUUGGAAGUACAAGUUACAGAGAGAAAGGGAGAGAUUUUCCAUCUGCUGGUUCACUCCCCAGGUGGCUGCAGCAGCCAGCACUGGACCAAGCCAAAGCCAGAAACCAGGAGUUUCUUCCAGGUCUCCCACAUGGGUGACAGGGGCCCAAGCAGUUGGACCAUCUGCUGCUGCUUUUUCCGAGCCAUUAGCAGAGAACUGGAUCAGAAGCAGAGCAACUGGGACAUGGACUGGCAUCACAGGAGGUGCUUUACCAGCUAUAGCUCAGCACCAGCGUCAGAUUCUCACAGAUUUUUUUAACUAUCUUUUUUAUUUAAUUUAUUUUUUUAAAGACUUUAUUUAUUUGUUUGAAAAGUACAGUUACAGGGGCCAGCCCUAUGGUGCAGCAGGUUAACGCCCUGGCCUGAAGCACUGGCAUCCCAUAUGGGCGCUGGUUCUAGUCCCAGCUGCUCCUCUUCCGAUCCAGCUCUCUGCUAUGGCCUGGGAAAGCAGUAGAAGAUGGCCCAAGUCAUUGGGAGACCCAGAAAAGGCUCCUGGCUCUUGGCUUCAGAUAGGUGCAGCUCUGGCCGUUGCGGCCAACUGGGGAGUGAACCAGCGGAUGGAAGACCUCUCUCUCUGCCUCUCCUCUUUCUGUGUAACUCUGACUUUCAAAUAAAAAUAAAUACAUCUUUAAAAAAAAAAAAAAGUACAGUUACGGAGAGAAAGAUAGGGAGAGAGAGAAAGGUCCUCCAUCUGCUUGUUCACUCCCCAAAUGGCUGUAAUGGCUGGAGCUGGGCCAAUCCAAAACCAGGAGCCAGGAGCGUCUUCCGGGUCUCCCACGUGGGUGCAAGGGCCCAAGGACUUGGACCAUCUUCCACUGCUUUCCGAGGCCAUAAGCAGAGAACUGGAUUAGAAGAGGAGCAGUCAGGACUUGGAUCAGUAUCCUUAUGGGAUGCCAGUGCUGCAGGCGGAGGCUUAGUCUACUACUACACUGCACCACUCCUGCUACAUUUUUUUAAAAAAACUUAUUUGUUGGCCGGCGCCACGGCUCACUAGGCUAAUCCUCUGCCUUCCGGCGCCGGCACAUCGAGUUCUAGUCCUGGUCAGGGCGCCAGAUUCUGUCCUGGUUACCCCUCUUCUAGACCAGCUCUCUGCUGUGGCCCGGGAGUGCAGUGGAGGAUGGCCCAAGUGCUUGGGCCCUGCACCCCAUGGGAGACCAGGAGAAGCACCUGGCUCCUGCCUGCGGAUCAGCGCAGUGCACCGGCCGUGGCAGCAAUUGGAGGGUGAACCAAUGGCAAAAGGAAGAUUUUUCUCUCUGUCUCUCUCUCUCACUGUCCACUCUGCCUGUCAAAAAAAAAAAAAAAAAAAAAAAAAAAAAGAAUAAUUUGUUUUGAAAUAUUUAUAGAAAGGAAAGGUGAGGAAAAGAGAGAGAUCUGCUAUCCACUGGUUCACUUCCCGGAUGGUCAUAGUAGCCAGCACUGGGCCAGUCUGAAGCCAGGAGUCAGGAGCUUCAUCUGGGUCUCUCACGUGGGUAGCAGGAGCCCACAUACUUGGACCUUCUUCUGCUACUUUUCCCAGGACACUAGCAGGGAGCUGGAUGGGAAGUGGAGCAGCCAGGACUUGAAGCAGCUUUGCAGGUGGUGCGUUACCCACUGCACCACAUCACUGGCCCCUCACGUUACUGCUUUAAUUUCCUAAACAUCUGUUGUUCUCUUAGGAGGAUUCUAGCUCAUAGUCUACUUGAAAAACUAAAAAUUUAUGUUUAGAUAUCCUUAGUCUUAUCUGUGGAUAAAAGACUGUUUUAGCAACAGGAGAAACACCAUGUUUAGAGGGUUGUUAAUGAGGUAACUCUCUUUUUAGGCCUGGUCAGAUGUAUUUUUGACACAUGCCAAGAAAAUGACAAGCCUUUGCAGUCACCAUUCCACUCCUAAGUUCACAAAUUCCCCCUCAUGGUCAUAUAUGUACUUAAAGCCACAUACCAUGACCACAAGUCAGUGUCAGCAUUCAUUAUCUUGAUCUUGGGCAUGUCUGGAAUAGUAGGGGAUUUAAGCUUUGUGUUUCCUCACCAAUUAUCAUAGGUUGUGUCACAAGUGAUCUGUAAUUUUCUAGAUAACAUGACCUAGCCUCCUCUCUUCUGUUACCUUUCCCUGAAUCUAGUGGAACAACUGAUUGGAACCAUAAAGUGAUUGUAAUGUUGACUGAUAGCAACGUGAUCUUAGUUGAAGUCUGCUAUAGACAUUGAGAAGUACAAAGUAUGAUUAAUUUGAAGGCUAGAAGGAUAAUUUUGUAAUCCUGAGCAGAAAAGGUUGAGGGUGACCAGCUAUCUAAACUAACAGAUUGAGAGUGACUCCUGUAGGGGAGUCUUUAUUUCUUAAGUUUUGAAAUCACUUAUGUUUAGAAACUUUGAGCACACCAAGUUAAAUGGGCUUCCAAUGACCCACGUUGUUCCAGGUGAUAGGAAAUGGCUGAUUCAGUGACUAGGGCCUUUAGUGAAUGCUGGGGUUGCCUAAAGCCCAAUCUGGGAGUGGGGGCACUUAAGUCCAACCCUUAACUUUAAACACUUUUCCUUUAAAUAGUUUCAAGUUUUCAAUGCUACUCUUUUCCUAGUCAUUGCAUAGUGUUUUUAAAAAUUUGAAUGCAUUAUUAUUGAUCUCUCUCUAAUUUCACUUUGAAGAUUUGUGGUUUGUGGCUUUGGCUUAGCUUUUUAAAGGACAGGCAGCAUCCAGUUCUGAGUUCAAACUGACUUAAACUGAUUCUUAAAGGGCUCUUGUUAGAGUACUAAGGGGCCCAGAUGUGCUGUUUAAUGAAAGCCAUUGUCAUUGAACUGUAAUUUUUAAAAUAGGUUGAUUUAUUUAUUUGAAAGACAGUUACGGCGGGGGGAGAGUGGAGACAGAUCUUCCAUCUACUGGUUUACUCCCCAGAUUGCUGUAUCAGAAAGAGCUGGGCCAGGCUGAAGCCAGGAGCCAGAAGCUUCAUCUGGGUUUCCCUUAUGGCAGGGCAAGGAAAACACUUGGGCUGUCUUCCACUGCUUUUUCCCAGGCAGUUAGUAAGCAGCUGCAUCAGAAGUAGAGCAGCAGGGCCAGCACUGUGGCGUGGCAGGUAAAAACUGCCGCCUGUGACACCAGCAUCCCGAAUGGGUGCUGGUUCGAGACCCAGCUAAUCUGCUUCCGAUCCAGCUCCUUACUAAUGCACCUGGGAAAGGCUUAUCCCCUGUGCCUGCAAGUCUUUGGGCCCAUGCAGCCACUUGAGAGACCUGGAAAAAUCUGGCUCCUGGCUUCAGCCUGGCUCAGCCCCAGUCAUUGUGGCCAUUUGGGGAGUGAAUCAGCAGAUGGAAGCUCUAGCUUGCUCGCUCGCUCGCUCGCUCUCUCUUUCUGCCUCUCCCUAUCUCUGUAACUCUGGCUUUCAAAUACAUAAAUAAAUUUUUUUAAAAAAGAUGAAGGUGAAGAAGAAGUGGAACAGCCAGGAUACAAACCGAUGCCCACAUGAGACACCAGCAUGGCAGAUGGCACCUUUUUCUGCUACACUACAACACCGACACCAGGAAGAAUAUUCGAACCUUUCAUUUUAGAAGUGGUCUCGUUUUGUUUGACCCAUAUAUUUGCAAUCCUCUUAACUAAUGCGUUAAUUUCCUAAUACAGGUGACAUUAUCUUCAUGGCAUUUGAACCCCAGUUAGCUUGUUUCUAGAUUUAGCCCUCUUGUGUUGCCUUUAAAGAUUUCAUUUCAGCAACUUGUUUAUGUAAUUUGUUUAUGUUGUCAUUAGCUGAUUUUUUUAAAGAUAUAUUUAUUUAUUUGAAAGGCAGAGUUAGAGAGACAGAGAGAGAGAGAGAGAGAGAGAAGCUUCCAUCUGUUGGUUCACUCCUCAGAUGACUGCAAUGGUCAGAGCUGUGCCGAUCCAAAGCCAGAAGCCAGGAGCUUCUUCCGGGUCUCCCACACGGGUACAGGGGCCCAAGGACUUGGGCCAUCUUCUACUGCUUUCCCAGGCCAUAGCAGAGAGCUGGAUCGGAAGUGGAACAGCUGGGACUAGAACUGGUGCCCGUAUGGGCUGCCAGCACUGCAGGCCGAGGCUUUACCCCUAUGCCACAGCACCUGCCCCAGCUGAUUUCUUAUAGGUCUGUAUCAUUGAUGGCCAUGAUUUGUGGUCUGAUCUCUUCAAGUAGCCUAAUAAGUAAAAAAUUUCAAAGAAGCCACAUUCUUUGUACCUCUUCAACCAGUAUACAUAAUUCAUUGCUGAGAGCCAUUAGAAUGUUUCUGAAACAAACACAUAGUACAUUGAGCUGACACUGAACAGUGACCAUUGGACAGCCUCUAGCUGCAGUCUCUGCGUAUAAUUCUGGGAGUGCUGCAGGAUCUCUGUAACCAUAUUAUAGAUGUCUCUGUAGAGAAUUUUGGCCUCCUUUCCGCUAGCAUCAUGUAGGAUCUUCCAGUGAAGCAGUCCCUCUGACAAUGUCCUGUCCUUCUAAAGUAUGGUGUUCAGAAGGGAACGUCAGAGCACCCAGAGCAGGACUGGCUGUAAACACUGUGUCUCUGGUGAUUAAGUUUGGCAUUUGCAGAGCCCUUCCUGUCGUUUAUAGGUAGGUGGGUAGCAUAAACAGGGCAGUCAGGCUCUGACAUCCAGGAGUUCACCCCUCAUUGUGAUUAUGAGAGUCUCUUUCUUUCUUUCUUUCUUUCUUUCUUUCUUUCUUUCUUUCUUUCUUUCUUUCCUUUCUUUCCUUUCUUUCCUUUCUUUCCUUUCUUUCCUUUCUUUCCUUUCUUUCCUUUCUUUCCUUUCUUUCCUUUCUUUCCUUCCUUCCUUCCUUCCUUCCUUCCUUCCUUCUUUCCUUCUUUCCUUCUUUCCUUCUUCCUUUCUUCCUUUCUUCCUUUCUUCCUUUCUUCCUUCCUUCCUUCCUUCCUUUCUUUCUUUCUUUCUUUCUUUCUUUCUUUCUUUCUUUCUUUCUUUCUUUCUUUCUUUCUUUCUUUCUUUUUUAAGAUUUUAUUUAAUUGACAGGCAGUUACAGGCAGUGAGAGGGAGAGACAGAGAGAAAGGUCUUCCAUCUACUGGUUCACUCCCAAAAUGAUGGCAAUGGCCAAGGCUGGACUGAUCCAAAGCCAGGAAUCAGGUGCUUUUCCCAGGUCUCCCGUGUGGGCUCAGGGGCCCAAGCACUUGGGCCAUCUUCUAUUGCUUUCCCAGGCUACAGCAGAGAGCUGGAUCAGAAGAGGAGCAGCAGGACUAGAACUGGCGCCCAUAUGGGAUGCUGGCGCUUCAGGCGGAGGAUUGACCUACUGCACCCCAGCACCGGCCCUGAGAGUCCUUUUUUUGAAGCCAUGAGUAGAACCCAAAUUCAGAGCUGGUAUUUUCCAUUGAGAUAGCCCCCAUGACAGCCAGCUCACUGUUUCCCUUCUUAUGAACUGCAACAAACCCUUAGGUCAGGUCUGUGCUUUAGUCAGACUCCUUCUUUCCUGAUCCUUUGAAUUACAGUCUCGCUUGCAGGUCCUACUCUUUCAUUACAUCUUUCUUACCCUUGGGCUUACACACCUGUUUGUCUUGUCAGUUUUUGACUAGGUACAAGCCUUAGAUUUACCCCUAGUAAGUUACACCUCUUCAUUUGGCCUCUUGAUCCAGCUUAUCAGGUCUGAAAUCCCUCCUUCUACUCAGGUUAACCAAGCCUUGCUUGCCUUCAGUAGCUGGGUAUUUGAUAGAUUUAUUUUGUUAUGGUGUCACCAAAGGAGACUCUGUGUCAGGGGUCAGUCUUUGUGUCUUUUGGCCUAUGAUUCAGACUGAGCCUGACCUUGGGCCAAUGCCUCUCUUCUUAUUACUACAACCUUUCAGGUCCAAGGAGCAGCAGUAGAGUGCCUGUGCGUGGUCAUGGUUGCCUUUGUAAAGCCUCUCUGCCACCAAGAAUCAUUUAGUCAAUGCUGUAUUUACUUUGGGAUGUUAGUUUGUUGACUAAAAGCAAAAUAAUUACAGACAGAAAUAUCUUCUGUGGCUUGUUAGAGACAAAAUAAACUUUGAGAUUAGUUUGAUAAAUUUUUAUAGCUUUCUUUUUUUUUAAGAUUUAUUUUAUUAUUUACUUGAAAGACAGAGUUACAGAGAGAGGUAGAGACAGAGAGAUCGUCUAUUCGCUGGUUCACUCCCCAGAUGGCUGCAACGGCUGGAGCUCUCUCUCUCUCUCUCUGCCUCUCCUUCUGUCUCUGUGUAACUCUGACUUUCGAAUAAAUACAUAAAUCAUAAAAGAGAGAGAGAGGAGAGAGAGAUACAGGGAGAGCAGAGAGAGAUCUUCCAUCCACUGGUUCACUCCCCAAAUGGCCGCAAGGGCCAGAGCUGGGCUAAUCUGAAGCCAAAAUCCUGGAGCUUCUUCUGGGUCUCCCAUGUGGGUGCAGGGACCCAACGACUUGGCCCAUCUUCUCCUGCUUUUCCCAGGCCUUUAGCAGGGAGCUGGAUUGGCAGUGGAUCAGCUGGAACUCAAUCGGGCACCCAUGUGGGACAAUGGCGCCACAGGCAGCAGCUUUACCUGCUAAGUCCUAGCGCUAGCCCGUUCACUUGAACUUAAAACAACUCCCAGUGUGCAAUAUUUCUACCACUCAGUCUUCUAGGACUGUGAACCAGAUCUGAACAGUCAGCAUCCUCCCUUCAGUUUCUCUGAUAACUUACUCUGCAAAAGUUGUGGUUUAUGAUUUUUUAACUUUUUCAUGACAAAAAGUUUGAAGAUAUACAAAAUUGCAGCGGGUAGUGAACUCUAUAAUCCAGUUACAGAUAUGGACAUACAAUGUUCUUAUCAUUCGGUUUCAAAAUUUAUCAACUCAUAACCAAUCUUUUUCCAUCUAUUCCUCUGUCCACUUUCCCACCCUCACUCAGACUAUUUGAAAGUACAUCCCAGAAGUCAGCUAUUCUGUGUGUGUGUGUCUCUAAAAAGGAGUUCUUUACAAAUCAAAACUGAGGGUGUAGGGCUUCUUUUGGGAGUAAUGAAAACAGAAGUAGAUAAAAAUGCUGAUUAUACAACAUUAUAUGACUUCAUUAAAUGCCUUUGAACUGUUCGCUUUAAAAUGGUUAAAUUUUAUAUGACUUUAACCUCAGUUUAAAAAAAAUAAUUUAUGGCCUGAUGUUGUGGUAUAGCAGGUAAUGCAACUACCUGUGGUGCCGGCAUCUCAUGUCGGUGCCAGUUGGGUCCUGGCAGCUCCAGAUUCCUGCCUCUGGAUUGGCCCAGCCCCAGCUGUUGUGGCCAUUUGGGGAGUGAACCAGUAGAUGGAAGAUUGAUUCUCUCUCUCUCUCUCCUUCUCUUCCUUCUCUCUCACUCCGUGUCUCUUUUUUCUUUUUCUUUUUCUUUUUUUUUUAAGAUUUAUUUAUUUAUUUGAAGGUCAGAGUUUCGCAGAGAGAGAUAGAUAAAGAGAGAGAGAGAGGGAGGGAGGAAAGGAGGGAGGGAGGAAGGUCUUCCAUCUUCUGGUUCACUCCCCAGUUGGCUGCAAUGGCCGGAGCUGUGCCGAUCUGAAGCCAAGAGCCAGGAGCUUCUUCCAGGUCUCCCAUGUGGGUGCAGGGGCCCAAGCACUUGGGCCAUCUUCUACUGCUUUCCCAGGCCAUAGCAGAGCGCUAGAUCAGAAGUGGAGCAGCCAGGUCUUGAACCGGCGCCCAUGUGGGAUGCUGGUACUGUAGGCAGCAGCUUUACUCACUACGCCACAGUUCUGGCCCCUAGCUCUGUCUUUCAAACAAAUAAAUCUUUUUAAAAAAUGACUUAAGCUUUCAAAAAAAAAAAAACUACCUGGAGGGAAAAAAAAAUCUCCACAUAUCCACAAUCUUAUUUUAAGACCCAAACAAAAGUCACCUUUUUGUUCACUAGUUUAAUAUUACCGAAAAGGCAAUUGUGCUGGACUUAAAUCCCCUUAAGUACUCUUCAUACUUGUAUAUGCUAUUAAUAGCUAUUGCCUGUCAUUUCCAGCACCUUUCCUUUGCUGGGUGUGAAUUCUGUGUGUUCAAAACAGGCCGCUCUCUGGCGGCUGCAUCCCCUUUUCUAGGCCUCUUGGGGCCCAGCCAAGGUUACAGGAGCAUCUGCCUGGUGCUAGAGACAGAGUUGUCUUCAGCUCCUGGACUGGAGGUGUCAGUGCAGGCUGUGGAUAGCUCCCUGUGUGCCCCACUUUUGCUAGUGGUGCCCUGUGCUCCCUUUCUCAUUGAGAUACAGGGAGAAGAGGCCAGACCAGGCACACCGGCCCUAGCCGCCAGCUCCCUUCCUCUGCAGUCUGCCAGUCUAUACAGAUGGCAUUCUUUCCCAGACCUGCCACUGUCCUGUCUCGCUCAAACACUCUCUCCUCAGGUUGCUCGCAGGUAAGGAGAAAUGCUGACCAAGGCAGGACCGCAGAUAAGACAUGUCAGAUGAGCAUGGAGUACUAGGUUCCAGUGAGGCUGGAACAGAUCCCUGUGAGACUGAAAUAGCUAGGGAAACCUGGGCUCCUAAUUGAAUUUCAGCAGCAUUGCCAAGAUUAGCCAGUGCCUGAAGAACCGUCUUCAGCAGGUGGGACCAGGACAGCUGGAUAUUCAACUGCAAAACAAUGACGUGGGGCCCCAGUCUCACACUAUAUCCAAAAAUUAGCUCAAAAUAGGUCAACACUCUAAAUAUAGGAGUUAAAACCAUAAUACUCUUAGAAGAAAAUCUAGGUGUAACAUCUGGAGUAGGCACUGGGCAUAGUGGUUAAGAUAAUGUCUGUGACUCCCAUGUCUCAUUUCCAAGUGCCUGGGUUCAAGUCCCAGCUCUGCUCCUGAUUCCUGCUUCCAACUAAUGUGCACUCUUGGAGACAGCAGGUGUUGACCCAAAUAUCUGGAUACUUGUCAUUUACGUGGGAGACCAAGAUUGAGUUCCAGGCUUCUGGCUUUGGCCUGACCCAGCCCUAGCUGUUUCAGGCAUUUGAGGAGUGAACCUGUGGACAAAGAUCUCUCUGUCUGUGUGUCUGUAUCAGUCUGUCUUUCUAAAUAAAUAAAUAUUUUAAUCUUCCUGACCUUGAAUUUGGCAGUUGAUUAUUAGAUUGGACAUCAAACAGUGGAGCAAGAGAAGAAAAGAAUAGAUAAAUUGGACUCUGUAGAAUGUAAAACUUCUGUGGGCCAGAGGAUAUUAUCAAGAUAGUAAAAAUGCAGUCUACAAAAUACAAAAUGUUUGCAAAUCAUGUAUCUGAGGAAGGUCUGCUAUCCAGAAUAUAUAAAUAACACAUACAACUCAACAAUAAGAAGACAACCUAACUUAAAAAACAAGCAAGGAAUUUGAAUAAUCUUUCUCUGUAGAAGAUACACAAAUGGCCAACAAGCACAUGAAGAGAUGCUCACCAUCAUUAGUCAAUAGACAAAUGCAAGUCAAAACCCACAGUGAGGUACCUCUUCACUCCUCCCAGGAUGACUGUGAUUAUAAAAAUGGAAGACAGUGCACUAGUACUUUGCUGAUGACAGUAUACAGUGGUACAGCUGGCAUGGAAGACACUUUGAUAAGGCCAUGCAAUUCCAUUCCAAAAUAAUUGAAAAUAGGAACUCAAAUAAACAUCCAUACAUAUGUGUUUACAGAAGCACCUUUCACAAAAGCCAAAAGGUGGAAGCCAAAACAUCCAUCAGUGGAUGAAUAGAUAAACAAAAUAUGGGAGGUACGCACACAUACAAAAAAAAAAAAAAAAAAAAAAAAAAAAUAGUGGAAAGGAA